UAGAGAUAGUAAACAAACACCGACUAUAUUAGUUUCAUCUAUAAAUAUAAUUCUAAACAAAAAUGAUACAAAGUGGAACUCAGUGCAGACUGCCAGAUUAUAUUCUCAUCAUCUCGAAAACUGACAUUUCUCAACCACGCGGUUUUCGAAAAAUAUUCUGUUAAAGUCGUGUUGUGGAAUCAUCUGUCCGCAUAUCCAAAACUCUAGAAUUUAGGGUCCUUCAAAAAGUGAGCCUUACAUAUCGUUUCUCAAAAGGAUGACAACGAUCUGGAGUUCCUUUGAUUUCAAUGAUUACGAAGAUCUAACACAGAGGAAUCAGUAUACACGAGAGGACAACGAAUUCGCACCAAUAAUGACACUAAGUAAAGACUCUGAGAAACUAGUGGCUUCAAAGAACAUAAAUUGCGAUGAUUUUACUAAAUACGCUUUAAAUUGUACCGCUCAAGCAGCGACGAUAUAUAACUCAACCAGAAAAAGACCACCAAUGCCCAACAAACUUUCAGAAUGGUGCAGUGCCGUAAGACAUUUAACGAAUUGCGCUACCGAUUGGAACGUGGAUUGCAGAGAUGUUACAGAAAAUUAUUUCUAUGAAGAAAGUAUCAAGGGUCACAUCCAUGUAUUAAGAAAUAUUUGCGACGACGAGUGGUUUAUAUCAAAAUAUCAGAAUCUGCCCCGAUGUAUUGAAAGUUCGGCAGCUGCGUGGGAAGAUUGUUACACGAAGUUCAAACGAAUUGUCGACGACAAAAAGAAUACGACGCACGAGUGGACACAUUACGUGACACAUUUUUAUUUAUGUUGUGCGAGAGCUCAAUUUCGACGUUGCACACUGGAAUCACUUCUAGAUGGUGUAAACAAAUGCAGUCGCGUACAGGCUGUUAUUCUUCAAAAGUUCUCUGUUAUUGUAUCUCAAGGUGACGUGUUUCAGGAUUGUGACUUCAACGUUAUUUAUUCUAAUUGUCCUGACGGGGAUCCGCGACCUGACGAAUUCCUUCUUUCCAAACUAGUUAUGGCAGAUGAUACCGAAGACGCGGGAAAUAGACUAUCAGCUGAAUUGUGCUUUAUACCAGUUUAUUUAGGCAUACAAAUAAUAAACAAUUUAUAAACAUA